AUGGAAGUAUGUGUAAUGUUAUUAUAGUUAGUUUUAAAAAAUAAUUAUUGCUUUGAAACUGGUUUUACGUUUUACUUUAGAGUUUGGUUUGUUCAGAAUGUAAGUCAGUUUUCUCAGAGAAGUCAGAACUACAUGAACAUUUUGCUGAAUGCACGGUCGAGGCAUUUGAAGUCAUAAACUGGGAAAAGUGUCCCACAACACCGGAUCUCUGUGACGAUGGAGAAUGUCCGUAAGUUGGCGACACUCCAGAUUGAGUUCUUUUUUUAGAACGACUUAUAUGGAAGUUGAAACAUCACAAUUGCAUACGGAAGAUGGAAGGUUAUCAGCUAUGGUCAGUCUUCAAGUACCUUCAGAAUGGAACGAACUUAAUGUUACAGAGUUACCCGAAAGUGUUGUUACUAUGCCCAGUGCCAACAACGAGACUCCUGUGAUUAUUGGCACCGGUAAGCCGCUAAAAAUUAGUAAAGUUCCUCAUUUAGAAGCUACGAUAGACUCUCGGACGCUAAAAUCAAACACGAAAAUGAAGUGUCCUGUAUGCCACAUCAUGUUAUACCGCCACAACUAUUCAGUCCACUUCCGAAUUCACUCAGGAGAACGGCCUUAUCAAUGCUUUUUCUGUGAGAAAACAUUCAGGUAUACAUUUUAUAUUUUAGAAUAUUCAUUUUACCAAGGUCUAAUCUUCAUAACACUUUCUUAUUUGAAACAUUUUCCAGAACAACAUCGUCCAGAAAGAUACACCAUCGUGUUCACACAGGAGAACGUCCGUACGUCUGCCAACAUUGUUCGUACGGCGCAGUAACCAAACGCAACUUAGAUAGACAUAUAUUUAAUCAGCACACCAAAUCUCAAUACUACACUAAAUAA